AGUGUAAAGGUGAUCGGACCAAAAAAUGUAAUAGAGGACUCUUUCAAAGCUUAUAAUUCUUCAUGGGAUAUCAAAUAUUUAAAGGAAAAAAAGGAUCCCAUUCUCAUGGUUGCAACAGGCAAUAUGGACCAGCAACCAACGGUCUCUGGGUUUUUAGGAAGGGCUUUAGAAGAGAAAUUUUAUUUGGCAGUUAUUGCACUAAGAAUACUGCCAUGUAUUCCAUUGGUUACAGAGACUUUGAAAGAUAUGGUUCAUCCAGACACAGGCCCCGUACAAAUUAGCAAAGGUGUUAGAGAAGGAUAUUUUUAUGUAAAUCUGUCACUCAAUCAACAUUUUACGAAUGGCCCUGAAUUUUAG